AUGUUUUUUAACAUUGGCUUGUUCCUCUCUAUAUCAUAUUCAUUAUGUUAUGCUCAAAUUGUUGAAAGGGAACGCUUACAGCAUGAUUUGGCUAAGUUUCUAUCAACUCCAAGAUAUAAUGAAACUGAGAAGAGUCUAGCUAGAGCAGCAAUACGGAAUGCUUUGGACGGCAUAGGACUAUACACUUUCACACACAGUUUUCUAAGCAAUGAAUCAAACGAAAUGGGAGUUAACGUCAUUUCUAUUCAGCGAGGUCCGUACUUCGCUACAGACAAUGACACAGUUGUAGUCGUUUGUGCCAAUUAUGACACUAAAGAAGAUGUUGCUGGAGUCGAUGACAAUGGCUCAGGUGUUGCAGCCACAUUGGAAAUCGCCAGAGCCAUGGCGACAUUUGACAGAUUGUAUGCUCGUCAAAGUACCAUAAUGUAUGUGUUUGUGGAUAGGAAACAUGAGUCGUUCUCUGGAAGCCAUGAAUUCGUUGAGGAUGUCUUACUUCCUUUCGUUAAAAGAACAAACGCUACAAUCACUUCCGUGAUAGUGUUAGACGGCAUCAUGCAUUUUGAUCCUUUUCCCUCAACACAAGGAACACCAAGAGGAUUCGAAGAGACAUUCCCUGGUCCAGCUCAGCAACUACACGAGCACAUGCAUAUGGGCGAUUUUAUUCAAACAGUCGGUCGAGAUUCAAUCGAUGACGAACUUGUUCAAAGCUUCACUUCUGCUUUUUCAAAAACGGCGGCUCGUUUGAAGAACGAUUGGACAUUUCAUCCAUGGGUGCUUUCCAUUACCUUAAACUUGGAUGAGAUAACAACAAUGAAUUCUCUAUUACAACCAUAUCUAUUUUCUGAUCACUCAUCUUUCUACUUCCAUUCACGGAAUGAAACUAUUCCGACACUGUACGUUACGGAUACAUUAAAUUAUCGCGGAGUCAAGCAGUACUGUAACUAUUGUGACACACUUUAUAUGAUAACAGAACCUAAUAUGAGGUUCCUGACUCUUAUAACAGACACUUUGAUUCGGACUGUUGCCCACCUAAGUCAAUCAGAUGCGUUAGCUGUGUUGGAUGAAAUACAAACUCCACACUAUACUUGA